AUGGGGUCAUGUAAGCACACGCUUGCCCGGUACGAACCGCUGCCCGACUGGCCUAUCAAAAAAUCUGAUCCGUCGGCUUUAGAUAAUUUCUACGAUUCUACUAAGAGCAAAGAGGAAACUGAAGAAGAGACUGAGGAAGACAACGAAGAAGAGAACGAAGAGGCAGAGGUAGAAGUAACACCAGCAUCCUCAGAAGAGAAUGGAACCGACUAUCAACAGAUGUAG